GAAACAUUAGAGAGAGAAAGAGAGAGAGACAGCUUUUUCUGGGCAUUUGCUCUGUCUUUGUCUUUCUUCUGUUUCGAAGAUGUAAAAAUUUCUCUUUUUUUUUUGUUCCAUCUGUUUUCCGAGUCCAGGGUUUGAGCUUUAAGAUUGUUUCUUCGUUUUCAUCUCUCUCUCUCUCUCUCUCUCUCUCUCUGGUCUCUAAUUGCCUCCAUUAUCUCAAACCCAUGCCCCAAUUUUUAGUUUAGUUCUUGCAAUCGGUUCGAACCCCUCUUCUCCUCCUCGAAAUUCUGCAACUUGGUAGCCUCUCCUUGAGUCAGAGGGUCUUUGCUGUUAGAUGGCUAAAGUUUGCUGGCCUUAUUUCGAUCCUGAAUACGAGAACUUGAGCUCAAGAAUCAAUCCCCCGAGGGUUUCGGUGGACAACACUAGCUGCGAAGACUGUACUCUCGUGAAGGUUGACAGCAUGAACAAACCCGGAAUCCUCCUGGAAGUUGUUCAAGUCUUGACAGAUCUUGAUCUAACCAUUACCAAAGCUUACAUCUCUUCUGACGGCGGAUGGUUCAUGGACGUAUUCCAUGUCCUCGAUCAUCAAGGAAACAAGAUUACAGACAGCAAAACCAUUGAAUACAUUGAAAAGGUGUUAGGACCGAAGAGCCAAGCUUCAGCCGCGCUAAACACAUGGCCGAGCAAACGGGUCGGAGUCCAUUCUUUAGGCGACCACACGGCCAUCGAGCUCAUUGGCCGUGACCGUCCUGGCCUGUUAUCCGAGAUCUCUGCUGUCCUUGCUGAUCUUCGGUUCAAUGUCUUGGCAGCGGAAGUAUGGACUCAUAACCGUCGGAUAGCUUGUGUCCUCUACGUGAAUGAUGAUUCCACAUCCCGAGCCGUCGAUGAUCCUUCGAGAUUGUCAGCAAUGGAAGAACAACUCAACAACGUGCUGAGAGGAUGCGAAGAAGAGGACGAGAAAGUGGCUCGCGCGAGUUUCUCGGUCGGUUCCACACAUGUAGACCGAAGGCUCCACCAAAUGCUUUUCGCCGAUAAAGACUACGAAGGCAACAAACUUGUAGAUUCUUCUUCUCAAGGGUUCAAACCCGAGAUCAAAGUCGAACGUUGCGAAGAAAAGGAUUAUUCCGUGAUUAAUGUGAGUUGUAAGGAUCGGGCGAAACUCAUGUUCGACAUCGUCUGCACGCUGACAGACAUGCAAUACGUCGUUUUCCAUGCCAACAUUUCGUCCGAUGGUCCAUGCGCAUCUCAGGAGUAUUACAUCCGACAUAAGGAUGGUUGCACGCUCCACUCAGAGGCCGAGAAAGAGAGGGUGAUCAAAUGUCUCGAAGCCGCUAUCCACAGAAGAGUGAGCGAGGGUUUGAGCUUGGAACUAUGCGCUAAGGACAGAAUGGGACUACUGUCUGAAGUGACGAGGAUACUGCGGGAGCACGGACUAUCAGUAAUGAGAGCCGGUGUAACGACGGUCGGAGAACAGGCCGUGAACGUUUUUUACGUGAGGGAUGCUUCGGGAAACCCGGUGGAUGUGAAAACGAUCGAGGCGCUGCGACAAGAGAUCGGGCAUACGAUGAUGAUUAACGUGAAGAACAAGGUUCAUGUCGGGAAAUCAAAGGAGUCCGGUCCAGCCGGCGGUUCGGCCGGUUGGGCCAAAACCAGCUUCUUCUUCGGGAAUCUGCUCGAGAGGUUCUUGGCUUGAGAUUUUUACUUACAGGUACAUUUGGAAAGCUGUGGUUUAUGCUGUGUUGUAAUGCCUCGAUUUGGUUGAACCGAACCAAACCGGACAUAACCGUAAAUUCCGGUUAUCUAAUCUUCUUUGGUGGGACCCCAAUUCGAACGUUUCCGGUAAGUGUAAUAUAGAAUAAUGGAACUUGUGGCAUCACCAUUGAAGGGCAUGUGUUGUGUUAUCAAUGAAAAUAUUUGGUUGACUUACAAA